AUGGCUGACCCAACGCAAUAUUCACCUGAUGAUGCAGCAAAUGGUAACACUGGCUUGGGCUCACCAUUGAUACCACUCGAUCUAGGCGUCGAUUAUAGCCUAGGUUAUCCCUCGUUCAGUGCGUCCAAUAGUGCAUUCACAGCAGAUACCACCAGCAAUCAAGAGUCAGAGGACAUGCAAGAAGUGCUUGAUGCAUUACUCGACCUUCACAGCUUACAAAACAUGGACCCAGUGCAAUUUGAGAAGGAUUAUGUCACUAUCUUGAGAGCCAUUAAUUUGAACGAGGAAUUGCAGAAUAAAGUCCAAGAUCAGAUUCGACUGGUAGAAGAGCAAUUGGACACAAAUUCAAAACUAUUGAAAGAAGCAAGUCUAUUUACAUUGGCAGAGAAUAGAUGUGGUAGCAGAUUUCCCAUCCACACGCUGUACCGUAAUCCAAUCAACUAUUUCGACAAUGAUGAAUUGCUGAAGCCAGUAGUGCAGCACAAAUCCAAUGCAACAACAGAAGGCACCAUGGGUGAAGAUCCCUUGCUUCAGCUGGAUGAUGAUGCUGACUAUAGCAAUGACGAUGACGAAGAGGAGGACGAGGAGGACGAGCAUGCUAUAAAUUCUGCAGAUAAUGAACAUAAUAGAAGUCAUAAGGCUUGGUCUCGCUUGGAAAGAGAAAGACUGGAAGAAGGCAUCAUCUCAGAGGCUAAACGUAUGGUGUCAUUUGAUUUUGUCAAAAGAAAAGAGGAAUGGCGCAUCUGGGAAGUUGACAAGAUGGAAAAGAAGGAUUUGUUGCUGUUUCCAGUCAGUCGAUUUGAAUGGGAUCGCAUCAGCUCUUUGCAUCAGGUAUUUUCGAGGUCUCCCAUCGAGUGCUUGAUACAAUGGACAACACAGGAGCAUCCUACCAUCAACAAAAAGCCGUGGUCAAAGCAAGAAUCACAGAAAUUGGCUGAGAUCGUCGAGAAAAUAGGCUUAUUCAGUGGUCAAUGGGAGCGCAUUGCAAAUGAGCUCGGCUCAAAUCGAACUAUUUCGCAGUGCUUUUCCCACUACAUGUACGAAAAGAACAAUGCGCAUGCUAGAAGUCUAAAAUGGACAAAGGAAGAGGACAAGAAACUGACAGAUGCCGUGAAACUGUUUGGCAAUUGCAACUGGCAGCAAGUAGCUAGCAUCCUGGGCGAUCGCACAGGUCAGCAAUGUCUGCAUCGAUGGCAGAAAUCAUUGAAUCCAGUCAUCAAGCGUCAGAGAUGGAAUGCUGAGGAGGAUGCAUUAUUGCAGAGAGCAGUUCAUUUGUACGGUGCUGGUAACUGGACAAAAAUACAGCGUCUUAUUCCAGGCAGAACAGACAUGCAAUGCCGUGAAAGAUGGGUCAAUAUCCUGCAGCCUUCCAUUAACAGAGGACAAUUCACGCAAGAAGAAACGGAUCGUUUGUUGGAGCUGGUGGACACACAUGGCCCCAAAUGGUCUUUUCUGCAAACACUGAUGCCAGGGCGAACUGACAAUGCACUUAUGAGGCACUACAAGAACAUCGUCAAAGGUGCUGAAUCAAGCAAGAAAAAGACAGCUACUAAAUCCAAAAAGCAAAAGAAGCCAGCAUGCAAACAAGCUCCUAAAAAGCGACCCAGAGCAAAACCCAUCAGCAAAACGCCCACUGUACAUAGCAAGCGCACAAAGACAAACGAAAACGAUAUACCCUUAAGAAGAUCAACGAGAGCAAGAAGAUCUACAUACCAAAUUGAAGAUAAUGCAGAGGAGGAUACAACAGAGGAGGAUUAA